GCCGGAAGUUAGGGUUCGCUGGCUCCAGAGCGCUCGCUCGACCGCUAGUUCUCUGCGCAGAGGGACGGGGUCGCAAUGGUGUCUGACGAAGAUGAAUUGAAUCUUCUGGUUAUCAUAGUUGAUGCCAACCCAAUUUGGUGGGGAAAGCAAGCAUUAAAGGAAUCUCAGUUCACUUUAUCUAGAUGCAUGGACGCCGUGAUGGUGCUAGGAAACUCCCAUUUAUUCAUGAAUCGUUCCAACAAGCUUGCUGUGAUAGCAAGUCACAUUCAAGAAAGUCGGUUUCUGUAUCCUGGGAAGAAUGGGCGACUUGGAGACUUCUUCGGAGACUCUAGCAACUUUCCUUCUGAAUUGAAUCCUUCGGGCAGUAAAGAUGGAAAAUAUGAGCUCUUAACAGCAGCAAAUGAAGUUAUCGYUGAAGAAAUUAAGGAUCUGAUGACCAAAAGUGACAUCAAGGGUCAACAUACAGAAACUCUGCUGGCGGGAUCCCUGGCCAAAGCCCUCUGCUACAUUCACAGAAUGAACAAGGAAGUUAAAGAUAAUCAGGAGAUGAAAUCAAGGAUAUUGGUUAUUAAGGCUGCAGAAGACAGCGCACUGCAGUACAUGAACUUCAUGAAUGUCAUCUUCGCAGCACAGAAACAGAAUAUUCUGAUCGAUGCCUGCGUUUUAGACUCCGAUUCAGGACUUCUCCAACAGGCUUGUGACAUCACAGGAGGACUGUACCUGAAAGUGCCUCAGAUGCCGUCCCUUGUGCAGUAUCUACUGUGGGUUUUUCUUCCUGAUCAAGAUCAGAGAUCUCAGUUAAUCCUCCCGCCCCCAGUUCAUGUUGACUACAGGGCUGCCUGCUUCUGUCAUCGGAAUCUCAUUGAAAUCGGCUAUGUCUGCUCAGUGUGUUUGUCAAUAUUCUGCAAUUUCAGCCCUAUCUGUACCACGUGUGAGACAGCCUUUAAGAUUUCUCUUCCUCCUGUACUGAAGGCCAAGAAAAAGAAAUUGAAAGUGUCCACAUGAUAAGAAAACAUUUUCUACCAGGUCCUCACUUUGAAAUGCAUGGCAUGUGAAAUUUAACAGCUUUGGAAAAAGUAGCUAUUUAUGGAAUCAUCAAUCAAGAUAAAGCAUCUUUCAUAGCUGCCUCCCACGGUGGUCAAAUGUAAACAAAUCCUUAUUGUCAAUUGAGAUUUGGCUUCAGAUAUUAUCACAUUUAUUCUUUUUUAAAUAUUUAUAUUUUUUAGUGUAGAUGGACACAAUACCUUUAUUUAAUAAAAUU